UUUAUUUAAUUUAAAAAAAAAUGUAUUCUGCAAAAAUAAAUCGUUUUUAUCAAAAAAGUUCGGUGGAAUUCAAAAGACUACUAAUAAUGGAAAUUAAGAAAAAACCAAGUGUAUGGAAUGAUGAAAAUGGAUAUACAGAACCGGCGGAAAGUGAUAAAGAUAGAGAUUGGGAAAUUAUACAAAAAGAAAUGGGUUUACGUUCUUUAUUUACCAUAAAACAAUUACAGGAUAUUUGGUGGACCAUACGAUCAUUGUAUUUUGAAAAGAUAUUCAUAAGAACUAUUGAACGAAAUUUUGAAGCUCCAAUAUGGCCAUAUUUUCACGACUUGACUUUUAUGUACGAAAGUGUUAAAGAAAAUAUUCAACAAAAACUUGGUGGUAUUUCACCGCCAUUAUUUAGAUCAAAUCCGAAUCAAGAUCCAUGUCCGUGCUGCUGCAACUACAAUGGAUCUGAUCCAAACUUGGUAACAAAAAUUGAUGAAGUCAAGCAAGAGCUGGAAUGCAAUGAAGCAGAAAAAUCCAACGAAGAAAAUGAUAAAGUUAUUGAAAAAACUGAAAAUUCUGAAAAAGAAGAACAUUUGUUGAAUUCCAUAAAAGUCAAAGAAGAGCAAUCUAGUCCUGUGAAAAACUCACCAAAAUUAGAAGAACCAACCGAAAAUGAAUUCCAAAAUUCCUUCGAUCAAUCACCAAGUGAAGGCGCAACCAACCAUGCUCCAAUUCCAAAUUUGAGUUUUGUGGAUACGAAAGAUAAUAUUUUAAGAGAAAGUAUAGUUUUUCGAGUACAUUUUAAUCAAAACAACAACUCUUGUUCUGAUAUAAACAGUUUAACCGAACACGACGAUGAAGAAAUUAUGCCAGAAGAGCAGGGAUCCAUCCAUCAUAAAACUGGAAAGCAUAAGAGUGUGUUUUCGAAUUAUGUUAAUGCGCGAUUAAUCCAAUAUAAGCUGGUUGACGCUGUUAAGAAUAAUCCCAUAAUCUAUGACACUUCUUUGGAAAAAAGUAAAACACUAAAAAUGUAUAUAUUUAAAGCUUGGAAAAGGAUAGCUAAGCAAAUAGGAUAUCCAAACAUUCCAUAUUUGAAAACAAGAUGGAGACGGUUAAGACAUGACUAUUUAUCUGAAUUAAUGUAUGAACGUUGUUUUGAAGAGCGUAGAAGAUCGACUUGGAGAUAUUUCAAAAAAUUGGAUUACUUACGCCCAUAUCUACAAAAAAUUGUCGAAGAUAGAAUAGCAAGAACUAAAAAUCCAAACGCAUUUAAAAAAAUGGUCGAAAGAAAACAAACAAAAGCUAAUGAAAAAUCAAAAAGAAAAGUUUAUACCAGAAAACGUUUACGUAAUAGAAAAAAAUCUAUUAUUGAAGAUCCUAGAACGUCACCGUUGCCCAAUGUUAAGGAUGUAAAAGAAGAAAUAGACAAUUCCAAUGAUGAAAUGCCUAAAAAUGUGAAAGAAGAAAUAAGCACUUCCAAUGACGAAAUUCCACCAGCUGCCAAAAAACCGCGAAAAACUUCGGGUUCCGAAAAUGAAAUGGCGGAAAGAAUCCCUUCGCCUGUUGUUCUCAGUUCAAGUGCAGAUAUUAUAGGCAUUAAAACUACAGUAAAACCGGCGCCAGUUGUGAAAAUAAAUCAAUUACUCAAUCAGAAAUUUUCUGCAACACAAUUGGCCAAAUUUGAACAAACCAUGGCAGCUUAUCGAAAUGCAAAGAAGAAAACCACUGCUACAAAAAAUCCCGCCGAAAAGACAGAAACAUUAGUUUUAGAUCCAAAAAGUCUGUCGAGCUUGAAAAACCGAGCGGUACAAAUUAUACCACUUAAAUUUGGCCAAUCUCAAAACGCUGUUAAAGAAGACGAAACUGACUCAAAAGUUGGCCCUUCAACUAUCAAUAAAUUACCAACAAAUUCAGAGCCCAAAAGUCCAACAACAACACAGUCCUUACCUUCAACUUCAAGUUUGAAAAUAAUUGAAUCUGUACCCGUAGUUAAGAUAAACCAAAUUCUAAAUCGAACAGUUUCUCAAGUUGAAUUGGAUCAUUUUGAAAAAACCAUAACAACUUACCUGAAUCAAACAAACCCAUUAAAGAAAAAACAAGUUGUUAACACAAUUCCAAAGAAGACAAAAGAAGUUACACCAGUUUCUUACACGAUUCGACAAAAAGUCGUUCCAAAAAAUGUGGUGGAGACAGAAAAACCUGUCAAUCUUCAUCCAACAACGUUAUCGCUAUUACAAAACCGGCCUAUAAAAUUCACUUCCAAAAAUGAUGCAAGUUCAAAUAAAGAAGUUUUACGUCCUGAAGACCUCCAGACAAAAGAGUUCAUAAAAGAAAUGUCAAAAAAACCUACGUUGCCUUCGGCUCCUAGUAAAGAUGAAGCUCUUGAAAAAUAUCGCAAAAGUAAGUAUUUUUGGGAGCAAAGCCCUCAACAAACAGCAAACGGUUUUGUUUUGGAUCCAAAGAAUUUAAAGACCUACCGUAAUCGACGAAUUAAAUUAACUCCCUUAAAAAUGAAUGCAUCACUUGAAAAAAGUUCCAUUGAACAGAGUCUUCCGUCAACUUCCAAGAGAUUAUUCGGAAGUACAGGGUCUGUAGAAACCGAAAUAAACAAAGCACCUAAAAGACUGAACUUACCACCUCCCACUACUCCAAAAAUUUUUCCGCCAUUGGAUUUAACACUAGAUGAUGACGAAGAUAAUGACGCGGUACCAAACCCUGUUGCCAAUUCUUUAAUUUCACAAACCACAAAUGAAGACAGUAAUCAGGGAAAACAAACAAAAUCAGACAAAAUUGUGAUGAAAAAUAAAAACAAAGACGAUGACGAUGUAAUAUGUCUUGAUGAUAAUGAUGAAGGUGAAGAUGAUGAUGUUAUUGUAAUUGUGUUUGAUGAAGUUUUUGCUGACAAAAAAAAUAUUAAAUAAGAUUUUAGAAAAAGA